GUUUGUGUUUUUGGUUGGUAUACAUUCAGUCUAUUGUGUGUGUGUUUUGGUUACACUCUACUUUCAGUGUGUGUGUGUUUUGGUUACACUCUACUUUCAGUGUGUGUGUGUGUGUUUUGGUUACAGUGUACAUUCAGUGUAUUGUGUAUAUAGAAAACACAGUGAAUAAAGUUCACUAAACUAUAUAUAAGGUGUGUUGUUCCUAGGCUGUGUGUUUCAUUCCACACAAUGGUUUUACUUCUGUAGGGGAAAGUUGUUUUUAACUUUGUGUUUUUAACCAGCCAUGAUUUUUAGAACUGUCCCACAUGCAGCCUGACUUCAACCAAUUUGGCUUUUAAACAGUUUUUUAUCUGUAAGGUUUCGCAGGGAAGAUAAUCCCAUUUUUAACCUUUUUUUUUUUCUGAGUUUAUCUGCCUUGAUUUGUCCUCACCACCUAAUCAACCUAACAACCAGUCUUCUCAAGAAAAUGCGACAAGCUGGUUGCAAGUCUAAGUCUCGGAAAGCAACAAUCAAGAAAGCAGACACAGGAAUCAACGCAGACACAGGAAUCAACGCAGGCACAGGAAUCAACGCAGGCACAGGAAUCUACGCUGGAACAGGAUUCAGCGCUGGCACAGGAAUUAGAGCUGGCAAGGGAAUCAGCGCAGGCACGGGAAUCAGCGCAGGCACGGGAAUCAGCGCAGGCACGGGAAUCAGCGCAGGCACGGGAGUCAGCGCAGGCACGGGGAUCUACGCUGGCGCGGGGAUCUACGCUGGCGCAGGGAUCUACGCUGGCGCAGGGAUCAACGCUGGCAAUGGAAUCAACGCUGGCAGUAGAAUCAACGCUGGCAGUGGGAUCAACGCUGGCAGUGGGAUCAACGCUGGCAGUGGAAUCAACGCUGGCAGUGGAAUCAACGCUGGCAGUGGAAUCAACGCUGGCGCAGGGAUCUACGCUGGCAGUGGGAUCUACGCUGGCAGGGGAAUCAACGCUGGCAGGGGAAUCAACGCUGGCAGUGGAAUCAACGCUGGCACUGGGAUCAACGCUGGCACUGGAAUCAAUGCAAUCGAUGCCGACACGAGAUUCAACGCUGGCACGAGUCUAAACAAUGGAAACAUACCUAGGAGCAUCAACACAGAGGAGCACCAGCUCUGGUUUACAUCGUUUCUUCCUCACUACGAAGUCCUGGCCUUAGGUGAUCCCAAGUGUGCAGCGACUAGUUCAUAUAUUCUAUCCAAUGUUGAAGACCCACCCAGAGAAUUUUAUCUGGCAUGCAAGUUAGAUAAAAACAUCUACACGGCAGGGGAGAAUAUCACUGGGACUCUUCAUAUUUAUGUGGACAAAAAAUUGCCUUGCCGUAAGAUAGAGAUUCAUUUGGUGUCUGUUUGUUAUAAGUUCCUAACAGAAACGGAGCCCCACACGCAGGUAGCUGCUGUCAACAAUACAACUCAACAAGCAUGGAAAGCGAAAGGCAGACGAUACAAUCUGCCUUCAGGGAUAAGUAGCUUUUCAUUUCUAUUGAAAAUACCUGACGAUGCCUUAACAACAAUACAAAACCGUUUCUGCAGUGUUAUCCACGCCAUUGUUGUAGACUUCCAUCAACCAGGCUUGAAUGAUGGUGAACGAAUGUCUGCAUUUGGUGGAUACAUUAAAGUUUACAGUCGACCAUACAUAGAAAGAGGUUUAUCACAGACUCCACUGUUCGCUACUGAGCUCCUGAAAGUGGAUCCAAAUCAUUCUUUCCUAGGACAGUUGAGGGUGAUAAUGACGCCAGAGAAAACAAUGAUACCCACCAAUAGUACAUUCUCCAUCACUGUCACCAUCCACUGUGAAUCUAUAAGAAGCAUAUUUAAAAUAUCCGAAAUUUUUCCCAUAUUGGUCCAGGAGACUAUUCUACCCGGUGACAAUAUGCAAUGUCCUCUAGUAAAUAUCACGGUCUCACUCCGUAACCAAGGUAAAAGCAAUGUAGUAGGCAAGAAACGAGUUUUCACUCACCACUUUACGAUGACUGUGGGCGACGUCAUUCCCAGCACAGUUCCAACAUUUUCAGUGGAACCAUCAAUAGGGUGUAGUCUCAUAGGGAAAAGUUUUAUUUUUACACAAGAAAUUCUUAAUAAUUUAUUAGAAGCAGACCUUAAUGACAAAGAAUGGAUGUCCAAAGCUAAGGCCCAAGAAGGCACGCCUAAAGCAAAGGGAGCAAAGCCUAAAGGCCAGGCUAUAGGAGCAGGACCUAAAGCCAAUGUUAAGGGCGCACAUAAUACACCAACUGAAGGAGAAUUACCUGACGCCCAAACUCCAACAGCAAAUCCUAAAGCCAGUGAAGCUAAUUCGAAAUCAGAGGGAGAUACGCUCAAAUCACAGGGAGAAGUGCUCGAAUCACAAGAAGUGCUCGAAUCCCAGGGAACAAUGCUGAAUGUUAAGGACGCAUUUCCUAAAGAUGAAUCUGUUAGAGUUCAAUAUUUCUUGCUGCUUGUGAUCAAACAUGAACACAACACCCAGGUCAACUUCUUGGCCAGAUGUCCAGUAGUCCUCUUUCAAGAAACUCUACAAGCCAAUCCAAGGAGCCCAAAUGGUGAGAAACUUCUCGUACCACAGUACUUAAAAGAAUGUAAAGAACAUACAGUUCUUAACACUGCAGUAUUCUUUGACUUAGGCCCAUCUUUUCAAAAGUCUCGUCUGCAUGCAGUCCUAAGCAAGUUCCGUAAAGACUUGUAUCUCGCAUUGGGCCUUAUCAGGGAUCUAAACGCCAAGCUGAUAUUUCUCUAUUCUUUUAUGACUAAGGGAAACCACUCUGAAAAACUAGAAGAGUGGUCGACAAUAGGGGAAUGGAUGAGAUUUUUUGGAGGUCUGUUAACAUUCUCCCCUAUAUCCAGUGUUGACGAUAUAAAGGAAGCUCUUAUAUCAGUUCUCUCCAACUACAAUGGACCAUGGUCAGCAAGAGCAACAUUGUCAGAAACUCCUUAUAAAGCAUUCCGCCAAUUCGUGAAAACAUUAAUCUGUAGGAUCACGGAAAUGAUUGAUUGGAUCAUUAACGUCGACGACAAGAAUCCAGAACGAGACCAGUGCCCGGACUUGAAGCCUUAUCCAAUUCUGGAUCUUCCACGAGUGAACUGUACAGCUGCUAGGCUGUGGUCAGGCUAUAUGUCAGACACUUGCCAACUAUCAAAGCUAGUUUUAGUCAAAAGUUUUGUUGAAGAAAGCACAAUAGAAGAGUUGAAUUUAAAAUGUUUUUUCUGGCCCAAGUCUUUAGACACAUCACAGCUACCAACAUUCAUUAGCGACAGUACAUUGACUAUACUGGACAACAUCGAACCUUGGAACACGGACUUUCUACCUAACAUCGAGCGCACUGACCCAUGUGUACCUGACAUGGAUCUCACUGAUCCAAACGUCCCCAGCAUGGAUUGCACUGGCUCGUGUGCACCAACCACUGAGAGUACUAACGUUGUACCUGAUACAAUGUGCACAUACAUGUCUGUUGCACCAACCACUGAGAGUACUAACAUUGUACCUAAUACAGUGUGCACAUACAUGUCUGUUGCACCAACCAUUGAGAGUACUACCAUUGUACUUAAUACAAUGUGCACAUACUUUUCUGUUCUUGCAACAAAGUGUCAUUACGUCUCUCUGACUGCCGAUAAAUGUACUGAUGUGUCUCUGACUGACAAUAUAUGUACUGAUGCGUCUCUGACUGCCAAUAAAUGUACUGAUGUGUCUCUGACUGCCAAUAAAUGUACUGAUGUGUCUCUGACUGCCAAUAAAUGUACUGAUGUGUCUGUGACUGCAACUGUAGGUUCUGAGCUUUCUGUUCCUUCCGUUGUGUGUAGAGACUUAACAAAUAAAACUGUCAUGGGUCCGACAACUAAUUGCUUGCAAAACAAUACCACCUGUUUGGAUGUUCAAGCCUGUAGCUUCCAGUCCUUAAUCUCUAGUUCUGAGGACGUGAAGGAAGAGAGGGUAACUAGCACUGAAACUGAAAUGAAACAAAAUGGAAACGAAUGUUUUGUUAGCUCAUUAACAAGGCCAGAUAUCACAGACACAAAAACAGAUCCUAAAACUAACGUGUUGCCUUCGAGAUCAGAAUCUUCCAACGAACGUAAGAGUUUUAAAUGUGGAGACACAACUGAUCUAGUAACACCAACUUUAUGUGGAAGGGACUCCAAAGAAAUGUCUAAAACUACUCAAAGCUCAAACUUGCACAAUGACGACCUUGUCGAGAAAACGUGUAAUUUGUACGACAUAAAAGAACUUCAUGAGAAAGAUGUCAAGUUAAGGUCUAGUCACCACCAACAGGUUAAGACUUCUGAAACUUGUAAUCAACCUAAACAGACCAUAACUGUUAAGGCUCAGAGUAGAAACAAAAACCAUAAAACUAAGACUCGUAAAAAAAACAAACACGCUAAAACUACCCAGUCAAGUAAUCAACAGGUCCAAAAUUCUCAGAUAUGUUAUCAAAAAAGGCAGGACCAAACUGAGACAUGUAAUCAACUUAAUCAGGAACAAACCGCUGAGACAUGUAAUCAACUUAAUCAGGAACAAACCGCUGAGACAUGUAAUCAACUUAAUCAGGAACAAACCGCUGAGACAUGUAAUCAACUUAAUCAGGAACAAAUUGCUGAGACAUGUAAUCAACUUAAUCAGGAAAAAACCGGUGAGACAUGUAAUCAACUUAAACAGACCCAAACUGAAACAUGUAAUCAACUUAAUCAGGAACAAAUCGCUAAGACAUGUAAUUUACUUAAUCAGGAACAAACCGCUGAGACAUGUAAUCAACUUAAUCAGGAACAAAUUGCUGAGACAUGUAAUCAACUUAAUCAGGAAAAAACCGGUGAGACAUGUAAUCAACUUAAACAGACCCAAACUGAAACAUGUAAUCAACUUAAUCAGGAACAAAUCGCUAAGACAUGUAAUUUACUUAAUCAGGAACAAACCGCUGAGACAUGUAAUCAACUUAAGCAGGAACAAACUGCUGAGACAUGUAAUCAACUUAAGCAGACCUCAACUGUUAAAGCUCAGAAUCGAAAACACCAUAAAACAUCUAAGAAGUGUUUAAAAAUAAAAAACGCUAGAAUUACGCAGACAUGUAAUCCACGUAAACAGGUCCAAACUACUGAGUCAUCGAAUAAACUGAAGCAGACCCAAACUGCUGAGACAUAUAAUCAACUUAAUCAGGAACAAACUGCUGACACAUGUAAUCAACUUAAGCAGGAACAAACUUCUGAGACAUGUAAUCCACUUAAACAGGAACAAACUGCUGAGACAUGUAAUCAACUUAAACAGACCCAAACUGAAACAUGUAAUCAACUUAAUCAGGAACAAACUGCUGACACAUGUAAUCAACUUAAGCAGGAACAAACUGCUGACACAUGUAAUCAACUUAAGCAGGAACAAACUUCUGAGACAUGUAAUCCACUUAAACAGGAACAAACUGCUGAGACAUGUAAUCAACUUAAACAGACCCAAACUGAAACAUGUAAUCAACUUAAUCAGGAACAAACCGCUGAGACAUGUAAUCAACUUAAUCAGGAACAAAUCGCUGAGACAUGUAAUCAACUUAAUCAGGAAAAAACCGGUGAGACAUGUAAUCAACUUAAACAGACCCAAACUGAGACAUGUAAUCAACUUAAUCAGGAACAAAUCGCUAAGACAUGUAAUUUACUUAAUCAGGAACAAACCGCUGAGACAUGUAAUCAACUAAAGCAGACCAAAACUGAAACAUGUAAUCAACUUAAGCAGGAACAAACUACUGAAACAUGUAAUCAACUAAAGCAGACCCAAACUGAAACAUGUAAUCAACUUAAUCAGGAACAAACUACUGAGACAUGUAGUCAACUUAAGCAGGUCCAAAAUUCUAAGACAUGUAAUCAACUUAAGCAGACCUCAACUGUUAAAGCUCAGAAUCGAAAACACCAUAAAACAUCUAAGAAGUGUUUAAAAAACAAAAACGCUAAAAUUACGCAGACAUGUAAUCAAAGUAAACAGGUCCAAACUACUGAGUCAUCGAAUAAACUGAAGCAGACCCAAACUGUUGAGACAUAUAAUCAACUUAAUCAGGAACAAACUGCUGAGACAUGUAAUCAACUUAAGCAGGAACAAACUGCUGAGACAUGUAAUCAACUUAAGCAGGAACAAACUGCUGAGACAUGUAAUCCACUUAAACAGGAACAAACCGCUGAGACAUAUAAUCAACUUAAGCAGGAACAAACUGCUGAGACAUGUAAUCAACUUAAUCAGGAACAAACUGCUGAGACAUGUAAUCAACUUAAGCAGGAACAAACUGCUGAGACAUGUAAUCCACUUAAACAGGAACAAACCGCUGAGACAUGUAAUCAACUUAAGCAGGAACAAACUGCUGAGACAUGUAAUCAACUUAAUCAGGAACAAACUGCUAAGACAUGUAAUCAACUUAAGCAGGAACAAACUGCUGAGACAUGUAAUCAACUUAAUCAGGAACAAACCGCUGAGACAUGUAAUCAACUUAAGCAGGAACAAACUGCUGAGACAUGUAAUCAACUUAAUCAGGAAAACACCGAUGAGACAUGUAAUCGACUUCAUCAGGAACAAACCGCUGAGACAUGUAAUCGACUUCAUCAGGAACAAACCGCUGAGUUAUGUAUUCAACUUAAGCAGGCCCAAACUGCAGAGAUAUGUAAUCAACUUGAGCAGAUACAAACCGUUGAAAUAUGUAAUCCAUUUAAGGAGAACCAAAAUGAGACAUGUAAUAAACUUAAGCAAGAGCAAACCUUUGAGAAAUGUAAUCAACUUAACGAGACACAAUCAGCUGAGACGUGUAGCCAACUAAAGCAGGCCCAAACAUCUAAGACAUGUAAUCAACUGAAGAAGACCUUAAAUGUUAAAGCUCUGAAUCGAAACAAACACCAUAAAACAUCUAAGACGCGAAUAAAAAACAAAAACGCUAAAAAUACCCAAACAUGUAAUCUACCUAAACAGGUCCAAACUGCCGAGUCAUCGAAUGAAAUUAAACAGGUCCAAACUACUGAGUCAUCGAAUGAACCUAAGCAGACCCAAACUGCUGAGACAUAUAUUCAACUUAAUCAGGUCCAAACUGAGACAUGUGAUCAACUUAAGCAGACCCAAACUGCUGAGUCAUCGAAUGAACCUAAGCAGACCCAAACUGCUGAGACAUAUAUUCAACUUAAUCAGGUCCAAACUGAGACAUGUGAUCAACUUAAGCAGACCCAAACUGCUGAGUCAUCGAAUGAACCUAAGCAGACCCAAACUGCUGAGACAUAUAUUCAACUUAAUCAGGUACAAACUGAGACAUGUAAUCAAAUUAAUCAGGUCCAAACUGAGACAUGUGAUCAACUUAAGCAGACCCAAACUGCUGAGACAUAUAUUCAACUUAACCAGGUACAAACUGAGACAUGUAAUCAACUUGUGCAGAACCAAACCGCUCAGACUUGUAAUCAAUGUAAGCAGACCCAAACUGAGACAUGUAAUGAACGUAAACACGCCAAUACUGUUGAGUCACCUCGUAAACCAGGACAAACUAAAACUGUUAAAAGCCCAGGACAAUACAUUAAUGACAGAAUUUCUAAAACCUGUGCUCUACCCACACAGGCCAGAAGCAAUGUAGGCUCUGGUCAACCCACACAGGCCAGAAUUGCUCAGUGCUCUGGUCAGAUAGAAAUCAAAUCUAAUCAGACAUAUGAAGUCAUACAAGCCGAAACUGAUAUGGCAUCUGGGCAACUCGAACAAGUGAAAUCUAACCUAAAGGGAGAUAAACUCGAAGCCUCCCAAACUGACUUAAGAUCAAGUAAUAAUGUCCAAACUUUGAAGGUAUCUGAUAGACUAAUUCAAAUAAACAAUUCAUAUGCAAUCAGAAAACUUGCACUGACCAGUACUGGUGAAACCUUUAGCCGAGAACUAACUUUUCUUGCAACUAGUCCAAAUGUUCAGGCCGAGCAGUCAAUCGGUCGACAGGAAAAUAAAACUGCUAAGACUUGUGAUCUUAUCAAACAAGCCAGAACUGUUGGGCAAGCUGGUCAAUCAACAAAUACCAAACAUGCCCCUACUUCUGGUCAAGAAUAUGACCAAAUAGCACAAACCUCUGGGCAACCAGUAAGUGAAAAUUUGAAUCCUUCAGAUGAAACUGUUGCUGAAAAUAUCAUCACUUCAGUCACUAAAUGUACUGAGUCUCUGAAUGUCCCCCACAACGUCAGUGACACCUGCCAUCAACCAAAUAAUUUCAAUCAACUGACCCCUCCUGAAAAAUGUAAGAAACUUAAAAUUUCAGAUAGACUAAAACCAUUAUCCAAACCAGCCCGAGCUAUAUCAAAGUCCCCCGAUGUUCCCGCCAGCAAUGAACUUUGCAGUGAUUUAAAUCUUCCAUACUCCAAUAAUCAGGCCAAUGUUGUCCAAGAACAGAUUGGCAACGCCUCUACUGACAUGGCUGCAAAGCUUCCAUACUCCAAUAAUCAGGCCAGUGUUGUCCAAGAACAGAUUGGCAACGCCUCUACUGACAUGGCUGCAAAGCUUCGUAACAAAAUUUUAUUUGAAGGUGCCACACAUGAUGGAAAAUCACUUGUUAAUCACCAAAACGAGGCUACUUAUAUCAGAUCUCCAGAGACAAACACACGGUUACAAAGAGACGCCAAAGAAGUCACCAGCCGUACACAGUCUAAACUUUUUGGGCCAACAGUAAAUAUCUCCUAUUUUGAGCAAAGUAGACCUGACACCAUCGAGAAUGAGCCCAAGUCACUGUAUCCUGAUCCUAAUACUAUAAAUAGUGAAUAUACAACUUCUAUUCAGUCCUCAGACUUGGCCAGCGCACAAAUGCCUAACGGUAGCCAGAACUCUCAAUAUACUAAUCAACCUCUAACUGUUGAACUAAAUAGAAGUCAGUUAUCUGAAACAAGUUUUCUGAAUCAAGAAACGAAUACAUGUUAUCAACCUUUUGAUAACUUAAGGAUCCUGAUUCCUCCAACGUUCAAUAUUGGGUCUAGGAGGCAACAUCAGCAUCUUGAAGAAACAAACAGUGGCAAUCAAGAUCCUGACAAGUCCAAAAAAUCUAGAUUAAAGGACUUGCCGAGUCAUGGUCUUCAAAUACUUAAAAGGCCAAAUCAAUUUUCUGCUGUAAUAAGUCGACCAACUAUGUGUCCUGAAGUCGAUAUUCCAAGGAAAAUGUCUAAAGCAAGGACUGAUCAAGAUCCUGAAGUCGAUAUUCCAAGGAAAAUGUCUAAAGCAAGGACUGAUCAAGAUCCUGAAGUCGAUAUUCCAAGGAAAAUGUCUAAAGCAAGGACUGAUCAAGAUCCAGAAGUUUUAAACAAUCGAAAGCAUACAAUGAAAACCUCACAUAAAUUAAAUGACCAAGGUCAGAAGUACCACAAGAAAAAAGCAAACAAACUUCGCGUCAGAAUCGAUUCAGCUAAUAGCAUUGGAAUGGACGAUAUGGGUGGCUUGUUUGACGAUGACCCAGUCACGCCACCCAGUGGACGAUGCUCUCCACUUGAAGAGUUUAAGUUUAUUCCUAUUGUAUUAGAACCUGUGAACACAGAUGCAAAUUUGACGUUCGAAUCAAAAUUAUGCUGUGGCGGUCCUUUCGGUGUACGACGCUUUGAGAAAAAGGAAGAAACACUAUGGGACAGUCAAAUCAUUGAUAACAUGAUACUCCAACACACGGGCAUUUGGUCUCACAAUGAAAAAAACAUUUGGUCAUCCAACUUCAACUUUGGUGAUUCUGAAAGCAUACUGUCUCGGCCCUCGAUGUACUGGGGUCAACCUGCAACUUGGUCAAAAACUCAACUCAAUCCAGCAGCUCCAGCUUUUAAUAUGUAUGCAAAAAGUGCGCGAAACAAGCAACAGUCUAUGCACAACGAGGCUCAGCCCAUACAGUCCGAAGUCAUUUCUCUCCCCUAUCAGAGACAGCAACCACUCUUACCCACCCCCGAAUUAAGGCAAGUUCGUGGAACAGGAAUGGGCAGUGACAUAAGGCAGAUGGGGUAUCAAAAUAUUUCUGGUAUGGGCUUGUUACCAAGAUACAAUCCUGCCCACAACGAUCAGUUUAUACCUCAAAUGAACCAUGCCGCUUACCCGAGAUAUGGACCAGCAGCAAUGCCUCGCUAUAGCCAGGAUGUCAACGUUAGUCACGCUCACAAUCUGGCACAUCAGUAUGGAAACAGUCAGUUACAAAGUGAAGACAGUGGUACCAACUGGGUUGAUCAGAAUCAAUUUAGAGCUAAUCAUAUUUGGCCUGGACAAAACCAGCUGCCUCCACGUUACCAACAGCUACGUAGGUGGCCAUCAAUUGAGGAUUAGCCUUCCACAAACUGUAGAUGGCCAUCAGUAGUCUUUGUCACAAAGUAGAUGGCCAUCAGUAGCUCGUUGAUAGCCAUUAGUUCAUCGUUAAUCUGUGUCCUGAUUACAAUUUUGACUAUUACAAUACAGAUAGACUUUACCAUUACAAAUUUGCAUUUGGUACAUUAAUGCCGUCUCGAAAUGUUCAGUUGCAGACGUACACAGAAUGAACAGUACAAGUUGUUGUCUUUUUAAAUCAAUGCUAGUGGCCUCGGCAAGAAAUGUCCAACUUGUACAUUAGUUGCAUGCUAGUCUUUUAUUCUGUGACUAUUAGAAAACAAUUUGCUUCAUGUAAUUUUAGUCACAUUUUUUUUUAAACCGCAUGUGGAUUUUUAGUGAUCUCCCUUGAUUUUUUUAUGUAGCCUACUUUAAUAAGACAGAUUUUUUAAAAUUUUAUCAUAAAAUGUGUAUUUUAUUUAUUGUGCUCAAGUUUUAUGCAUGUGAUAUGAUUUCCUAUUGUAUUAUUACGUAUAAAUACAUUGAGCAAGAAGUGAGAUCUAAAAUACAUUUAAAGCAGUCAA